AUGUUUAACAGGGGAAUGACAGAUGCAGACAAUCAAGGAAUUGAUUACUGCUUUCCAAACAACAACUCGUCGUGCAUCAAAGAAAUCAAGCCUCGAGUGGAAUACUUUGUUUUGUAUAUCUUCAUUUCUUUCGCAUCUGUUUUUACCGUGUUUCUGAACCUGCUGGUGAUCAUCUCCAUCUCUCACUUCAAGCAGCUCCACACUCCAACCAACCUGCUCAUUCUCUCUCUGGCUGUGGCUGACUUAAUCGUGGGACUGAUUGUAAUACCACUAAUGGGCAUCAGAUAUAUUGAGACUUGUUGGUUCUUUGGAGAGACAUUUUGCUCCUUAUUUCCAUUUAUUCUUUAUACUGUUGUUUCAGCAUCUCUUGGUAAUUUAGUUUUCAUAUCUAUAGAUCGUUAUAUUGCUGUGAAAGAUCCUAUGCAAUAUUCAACAAAAGUCACGACCAAAAAAGCUGUUUUUUGUAUCAUUAUUAACUGGCUAUGUUCUAGCAUUUAUUCUGUUAUUAUGCUAUAUGAUGCUAUCUUCUAUUCAGACCACCAAAGCAUCUGUUACGGGGACUGUAUUGUUACUGUCAAAUUUGAAUAUGUUAUAACAGACCUAAUUGUUUCUUUAUUGGUCCCUUGUUCUGUAAUCAUAUCUUUAUAUGGGAAGAUUUUCUGUGUAGCAAAAUAUCAAGCUCGGCUUAUAAACUCUGUCAAAAAUGUCAGCAGGUCAGAAAAAAAGGCAGCAAAAACAUUAGGGAUUGUGAUUACAGUAUAUCUUUUGUGUUGGAUCCCAUAUUACAUAGUCUCUCUUGUUCCAGGGUUUGACUCAAAUGAAUCAGCUAUAAUGAACGUUAUGUGUUGGAUUAUGUACAUGAAUUCCUGUAUGAAUCCCCUUAUCUACGCAUUGUUUUAUCAAUGGUUCAGAAUAUCAGCUAAACACAUUCUGUCUCUGAAAAUAUUUGAACCAUCAUCUCAAUAUUUAAGUCUGUUUCCAGAGGUACAUGAUCAGUGA